ACGAGGUCGUGCGCAUCGACACGUAUUCACCAGCAGUGCAUCCUCAGGCAUCUCUUCGCCAGGAAUCUCCAAGAUAACACCUUUGGCUUUCAGCGCUGCAAUCUCCUCCAUUUCGCGCAUCAGAAAGAACUCUCGUCACAGUCAACAUGUCGGCGCUCUCUCCUGUGGCCAAGGCGGCGCUGCGUCACCCCGCGGGGCGCGUGAGCAACAACGGCAUCACCGCCGCGGUCUUCGGAUCCACGGGCUUCCUGGGCCGCUACGUCUGCGCGCACCUGGGCACCAACGGAAACGCGUACGUGCUGCCGUACCGCGGCGAUGAGAGCGAGGUGUCGCACCUGCGCGUGUCGGCCGACCUGGGCAACGUGGCGCAGCAGCCCUUCCACCCGCGCGACCGCGACUCGAUCUUCGAGGCCGUCGAGGGCGCGGACAUCGUCGUGAACCUCAUCGGCAAGCACUACCAGACCAAGCACAUCCUGCCGUGGUGGAUCAACUACACGUACGACGACGUGCACGUGGACGUGGCCCGCACCAUCGCCGAGGUGGCCAAGGAGGCCGGCGUGCCCCGCAUGGUGCACGUGUCGUCGCUGCUGGCCCAGCCCAACUCGCCCUCCGAGUGGGCCGCCUCCAAGUUCCGCGGCGAGGUUGCCGUCCGCAAGGCCUUCCCUGAGGCCAACAUCGUGCGCCCGUCCAACAUGUUCGGUCCCGAGGACCGUCUGCUGGUCUGGAUCGGUAACCGCCUCAACUACGGCGGCGUGCCUGUCGUCAACAACGGCGACGCCGUGAUCCAGCCCGUGUUCGUGAACGACGUGGCCAAGGCUAUCUACCACAUCACCCAGGACCCCACGAUUCAGGGCAAGACCUUCGAGCUCGUCGGCGACGAGGAGUUCACGUACAAGGAGCUGGCCGACUACGUGUUCGACAUUACCAAGCGCAACCCGAGCCUGGUCAACCUCCCGCUGCCCGUGGCCCAGGCCAUCGGCUACUUCUGCGAGCAAUUCCCCGACCCCAAGUUCACGCGCGACUGGGCCACGCGUCUCAGCCUGAACGAGGUCAAGACGUCGGACCUGCCCGGCCUCCGCGAGCUGGACGUGGAGCCGACCAAGCUGGAGAAGGAGGCGCCCAACUUCCUGCUCAAGUUCAACCCCGGUGGCCACUUCCAGGAGGUGUCUGGAUACCACUAAGCCAUUCCAGCGGCGCGGCGGGCGGGAGCUGGCUGGGUAGGCUGGUCGUUCCAGGCAAGACACAAGGGAACGCCAAGCCUGCAGCUUGUUUGACCUGCUGCAGCGGCUGUCGCUGCUUCCACCAGCGCGGCCGGGGCAGCGGCUCCGCUUGGCCAGGGACAGACAAUACCUUAUGAGUGACAGGCAAUCAAUGACCAAAAUGAAGGACUACUAUCCGCUCG